UAUAAAGCUGCUACAGAGACAAUUGAUCUUGAACGCUCCAGAUUUCGCUACAUAAAAAUGACUCGUCGACUUGUGUGGUUGGCUUUGUUGUUUUAUGUAAACUUGUGGGAAUGGGGGGAAUGUGGAGUAACUGAGCAACAAGCCCAGAAAUCAAGAGAAAUGAUAAGAAGUGUAUGCCAACCAAGAGUUAAAAUUACGACCGAGAUGGCAGAUGGAAUAAGACAGGGUAAUUUUCCAGACGACAAAGUUCUGAAGUGCUAUACACACUGUGUUAUGGAAUUGACAGGAAUCAUGAAAAAAAACAAGGUGAACUACGAGGCAGCAUUGAAAACAAUGGAAAAACUUCUAAGUGGCGACGCAUUGGAAGAGAACAGAAACUCCUUAACGAAAUGUAAGGACAGUGCUGUUGGCAUCAAAGAUAAUUGCGAGGCAGGCUUCCUAGUCGUAAAGUGCUUCUACAACAACCGAAAUGUAAACAAGGAAUUCCCAUUUCCAUAACAUUUGUUCGAUGAAUCUAGCGUACUCAACGGACAUCACGUAUUGACUAUAAGGUUUUAAAUUAAGAUUAAGAUUUUGUUUGUACCGAAUUGGCCAAUACAUAUAAGAAGCAGUUGACCAUGAACAUUAGCAAUAAA